AAAGAGACUUAACUGAGUUUACUUUAGACAAGAAAAAUAACUUUUUCUGAUCUUGUUAUUAAAUUAAAACGUAAUCAACUUCAAAUGGCGACUUAUGAAAGUGUUGUGCUUGUGAAACAAGAAGUUUUCGUUUAUAAGAUCCCACCGCGUUCAUCAAAUCGUGGCUAUAGAGCUGCCGACUGGAAUUUAAAUGAACCAACAUGGAAUGGGAGAAUGCGAAUGGUUUCAUCAGGCGCUCAAUUAAAUAUUAAACUGGAAGAUAAAAUUUCUGGACAACUUUUUGCAAAUUGUCCCGUGGAAGCAUAUCCUGGAGUUGCAAUUGAAGCAGUGUCAGAUAGCUCACGAUAUUUUGUGCUACGUAUUCAAGACGAUAAUGGCAGAUCAGCUUUUAUUGGUGUUGGCUUUGGGGAUCGUUCAGACUCAUUCGAUUUCAACGUGGCACUUCAAGAUCAUUUCAAAUAUGUGAAGAAUGCUGAAGCUCUUGAGAAAGAAAAGGCUGAACCAAAGCCUCAACUCGACCUUGGGUUUAAAGAAGGCGAAACAAUUAAAAUAAAUAUGAAAAUAACAAAAAAAGAUGGAAGUGAAUCAACAUCGAGAACAGGUAAGAAGACUGGUGGCUUAGGAAUCCUCCCGCCACCUCCAAAAAGCGCUGAGAAAAGUCCAUCGAGUACAAAUGACUUUGGUGAUUUUGUGCAAGCUCCACCAACUGCAAAUUCAGCACCAUCACAACAACAACAACAACAGCAGCAGAACUCAAGUUGGGUUCAAUUCUAAUUCCAGCAAGUUCUGAUUCUCCAGCGUGAAUAUUCCCAGCUUUACAUUUAAUUUCUCUCGUUUUACAUUUAUCUACGUUUUUUUAUUACAAAUUAUGUUUUGUUAAAGCAAAUCAUCUCAUAUAAAUAUAUAAGCAAAAUAUAUAUCCAAUCCAAACAUGUAAGUGUUAUUAAGUAAAGUAGAUGAAAUUAAAUGAUACUGAGGAAGGACGAAAGAAGUAAAAUAUUUCAAACUUUAAAGGAAAAAAAUAGAAUUUAAAACUUUUCCUUGCUUUUUUGUCUUAAAAAACGAAUCACGAAAUGUGUUAAGUUCCAUAAAAAUUAUAAAUGGUCGCUUUCUUGAAAAAAUAAUAAUUUCAUUAGUCAGCGAAUACGAUUUUGGAAAAUAUAAUAUAAAUACAUGUUGAAAUAAUAAAUUGUUGAUUAUGAAUUAUUAGAGAACCAUCAUAA